AUGGACCCGCGGUUGCACUAUUUGGCACUGCACUUCUACAAUCCUUUACAGCCACUUUUCUUCCGACCAUUCAAUCCAGCGGCAACCGCGGGUCAUCUUCGACCUCUCCCCUUCACCAAAAGCAUCACUCCACCAGAACAAAAACCUAAAGCCCCAAGCAAAUUCUUCGUUGAUCAGCUACUCUCAUCACUGAGUUCGGAACGAGAAGCGAUUGAGACAAAGAAACAAAUCCCACAAAUCUCUAAGUCACUAAAAUCGAUCAAGAAAGAGAAGCCAGAGACAAAUGAUUUGCGAAUCCUUCCAAGUCCAUCAACUGCAAUCGCUCCAUUAUUGCCACAAGUGCUACCAGCUACAGCAAAUGUGGAAUUCGUGAAUGGUGGCUAUGGAAUGAAAAACCCGUUGGCGAGGAAUAAUGGGACGGGAAUUGAAACUUUUGAGGCAAGGACUGGCGAAUUUGGAUGUGGCACUUGUGGGAAGAAAUUCUCGAUGCAACGUCUUCUCAAUCGACACCUCAAAUGCCACUCGGAGUUGAAGCGCUAUUUAUGCACAUUUUGCGGGAAAGGCUUCAACGACACAUUCGACUUGAAAAGGCACACCAGAACACAUACAGGUGUAAGACCCUACAAAUGUGAAUGCUGUGACAAGUCAUUCACACAACGGUGUUCUUUAGAAUCCCAUCUCAGGAAAGUGCACGGUGUUGAGCAUCGAUAUGGAUACAAGGAAAGGCGUAGCAAGGUGUUCGUUUGUGAGGAUUGCGGUUUCACAGCUGAACUCUUUGAUGUUUAUGUGCAGCAUCUCACUUCAAAGCAUCCGUUCUCAGCGGCUCUCACCAAGUUACAGCCACAAUCUCGAAAAGUUUCCAUACAAACCUCGUCAUCAAUGUCGACAUCGCUUGGCUUGAGCUCAUUCCUUUCACUCACUCCCAUCAAAUCCGCGUCGCCAGUUUGUUCCGAGAUGGAAACCCCACUCAAUGUUGAUGAU